GCCACGAGGGCAUAACGGUCAUUUCGGCGGCAGAGGCCGUGGAGGCUCCACCUCAGGCCCCGCUCGUCGGCCGAUGAACCGCAACGCCUACAGAACGGCGCCGUAUCCCACUCUGCCGGAAAUGCAAGGACAGCCUGGACCCAGAAGGAUUGAGCUGCCAUUGGCUUUGAGCCAAGCGAUGAACAGAGAGGGAGGCACCAAGCUUUAUAUAUCUAACUUGGACUAUGAUGUUACCAAUAGAGAUAUAGAGUUGCUCUUCUCUGAGGUUGGUGAGUUGGAAAGGCACUCAAUCCAUUAUGAUAAAAGUGGAAGAUCUAAGGGAACAGCUGAAGUUGUCUAUAAGCACCAUUCAGAUGCUCUAGCAGCAAUCGAGAGAUAUAACAAUCAGCACCUUGAUGGAAAGAAAGUGGAAAUUAAGCUUGUGGGACUCAAUGUUGUUUCUUCUGUUCCUCUGCUUCUGCCUCCAAAUACAAAUUUCUUGCAAGAACAUCCAAGUCCCGUCUUCCAGAGGCUAGGAAGAGCUGGUUCAAGGGGAUCGUUUCAUGGUCAUGGUGGUGUUGGACUUGAAAGAGGCCGUGGACAGGUGAGAAAUGGUGGUCCGAAGGUUACUACAGAAUCUCAGCAAUGGAAGAAUGUGACUGCAGAAAAUCAGCAAAGGAAGAAUGUGAUUACAGAAUCUGUUAACAGGAAGAAAACAUUUUAUGGAGAUACAACUGUGACUUUUGAAGAUCUGGAUGCUGAUUUGGAGAAAUACUGCCUAAAAGGUAGGCCGGUAAACUGAAAUCACAGUUAGAUGACAGACAUGGUAGUUUAGGGAAGGCAAACUGGUAAUAUAUAACAUAUAGAUGGAUAUGGAGCACUGCCUAUUAGCAUUUCUUGCUCCCUUGAAUUAUAUCUUACAGUUUGUCUGGUAUUUAGUACCACUUUUGUGCUGGGAUGCAAAAGAAGUUAGUUACAAAGUCAUCCCUUCAAUUAGUAACAAGGACACCACAGAUACCUCAGUGCCAUCUGCUAUCAAACAUAUAUA